GCGGCGCGGGCAGCGAUGGCCGGCGGGGAGCAGCGCGGCGCGCCCGGCGGCCCCGAGCCCGUGGCGCUGAAGAAGGAGAUCGGGCUGGUCAGCGCCUGUGCCAUCAUCAUCGGUAAUAUCAUUGGUUCUGGGAUCUUUAUUUCGCCAAAAGGAGUCCUGGAGCAUGCCGGCUCGGUGGGGCUCGCUCUCAUUAUCUGGGUGCUUGGCGGCGGUGUGGCUGCCCUUGGCUCGCUAUGUUACGCUGAACUGGGAGUCACUAUCCCUAAAUCGGGAGGGGAUUAUUCCUACGUCACAGAGAUUUUUGGUGGGUUAGCUGGGUUUCUGCUGCUGUGGAGUGCAGUGCUUAUCAUGUACCCUACCAGUCUGGCUGUCAUUGCGCUGACCUUCUCAAACUAUGUCCUGCAGCCUGUCUUCCCUAACUGUAUCCCCCCCUAUAAUGCCUCCAGGAUCCUCUCCAUGGUGUGUUUACUCCUCCUGACCUGGGUGAACAGCUCCAGUGUUCGAUGGGCAACGCGCAUUCAGGAUAUAUUUACAGCAGGAAAACUCUUAGCCCUGGCCCUUAUCAUUAUUGUGGGCUUCAUACAGAUCUUUAAAGGAAACUACAAAGAGCUGACACCAAGCAACGCAUUCAAUUUUUGGAUGACUCCAUCUGUGGGGCAUUUAGCUUUAGCUUUCCUUCAAGGGUCAUUUGCAUUCAGUGGCUGGAACUUCUUGAACUAUGUAACAGAAGAACUGGUUGAUCCCCGCAGGAACCUACCUCGUGCCAUAUUCAUAUCCAUCCCAUUGGUGACAUUUGUGUAUACGUUCACCAACAUUGCAUAUUUCACUGCCAUGUCACCCCAAGAGCUCUUGUCCUCCAACGCUGUGGCGGUAACAUUUGGUGAAAAGUUACUGGGCUAUUUUUCCUGGGUUAUGCCAGUCUCAGUGGCCCUAUCUACAUUUGGAGGAAUAAAUGGAUACCUUUUUACCUCAUCAAGGUUAUGUUUCUCCGGUGCUCGAGAAGGCCAUUUGCCAAGUCUACUUGCCAUGAUCCACGUCAAGCACUGCACACCCAUCCCUGCCCUGCUCGUCUGCUGUACGGCCACUCUUGUCAUCAUGCUUGUUGGAGACACAUACACGCUAAUCAACUAUGUGUCAUUUAUUAACUACCUCUGCUACGGAGUGACAAUUAUAGGCCUGAUCGUGUUACGAUGCAAGAAACCCAAAAUCUUCAGACCUAUCAAGGUGAACCUCCUCAUCCCCAUCACUUACCUGGCAUUUUGGGCAUUUCUGCUGAUCUUCAGCUUAUACUCUGAGCCAAUCGUCUGCGGAGUUGGACUUAUUAUAAUUUUAACUGGAGUGCCAGUGUUCUUCCUUGGAGUCUACUGGAGAAAUAAACCAAAGAGUGUAAAUAGGCUAAUAGAGUCCAUGACGUGCUGGGGACAGAAGCUGUGUUUUGUGGUCUACCCUCAGGGGGCAGUUGCCGCAGAGGAAGAGGCACCCUCAGCACCCUUGGCCCGCUCUCGGCAGCCAGCAAGUGAGACAGACACAAGGAAAUAACGGCGUGGCCUCGGAGGCUGCAGUGGCUUCUUGUUUACAUGCUGAUUUUUGCUAAAAGUUUUUCUGGAAAAAAGAAAAAGAAAAAAAGUGUUUUUAGAGCUCCGGUAGUGAAGCCCGUCAAUGUGCUACAUCCUUAUGGCAUCUGUAGCUUUUAGAUUUUCCCUUAAAAAAAAAAAAAAGAAAAAAAACCGGAAAAAUAAAAAAAGAAAAAAAAAGGAGAGAAAAAAGAAAAAUAAAAUAUAAAAUACGGCACUGGUUGGUUGGGGUUUUUUUUCUGGCAGCAUACUUGCUCAGUAGGGGAAAGCAGCACAGAUACAGCUCUGGAAUACUGAUUUUAGCUGCUGUGAGGGUCCAUCAGAGACAUACCAAUUCAGGCAUUUCAAAAGUAGGGCAGCUCCCAACACAAAAUCAAAGUGGAGAAAUCAGAAAGCAAGGAGACCUUGGGACACCCAUACCAGCACGAAAAUACCUGUUGCUGUCCCUGGGUGGGGUGAAUCUCCACAAAUCACAUAAGGUGUCAGAGUUCCAACCCAAAGGAUCAUCCCUGUCCAAGCACGCAAGCACCGGUGCAGCCGUGGCUUUGCACUGAGCACUAACCAGCCAGGGUGGACCUUAAGAGUCCUGUCUGACUGUCCAGGCAUCAUUUGGUGACACAGAAAAAAAAUAUAUACAGAAGUAGUGACAAAAAUCUCAAGUAUCUCAAUUCUGAAGCAUUUUUGCAA